UCCAGCGCCUUGGAAAGCGGUCUUGAAAGAAUAGGAGGCGCUUUUCUGUCGGCGCAUAUUAAAAUGAAAUUUUGUUUGUUACCUUUAAGAGCAAAUUGCACUACCUGAUUUGACUAAUAUGCAAGUGCGGUCAGAUGCUCUGAGACAGCCAAGUUCAACGUACGCACCGUGCAGCUCUCUGCAGACAGCAGGAUGGCUUUGGGAAAUGGCAAGAGUGUAAUUUUUUGAGAACGAACCCUUUGACGCCGGAGCUUGAAAGUUUAGCAUCUUAUCCCAUAUGUGCCCUAACGCUAAGACUGGCUGGCUGGCACAACCAUGAAUACUUUUGUGGAUACCGAAAAGUCUCAUCUGAUCAGUGAGAAGAAAGCAAGAACCUACACCUUAAAACUGAAAAGCCCAUUUGCAGGAUCCAAAGAAGUAUAUCAAAACUUCCCAUUUGAGAAUGGUAGUACGGCCACAGUCAUUGAGCUGGAACGAUGUGCAAACCUGCACUGCCAUGGGAGGUCAACAUCAUCAAUCGAAUGCAGAGAGAAACUGGUGGCAAGGAAAAAACUCUACAUUGCAUCCUUAGUGUGUUUAGUUUUCAUGAUUGGAGAGAUUGUAGGAGGUUAUUUAGCUCACAGUCUGGCAAUCAUGACUGAUGCUGCCCAUUUACUCACAGACUUUGGAAGUAUGAUGGUCAGUUUAUUCUCUUUAUGGAUUUCUUCAAGACCCCCAACCAAAAUCAUGAACUUUGGCUGGCACAGGGCAGAGAUUUUGGGAGCACUUGUGUCAGCUUUAUCAAUAUGGAUUGUGACUGCAGUCCUUGUGUAUCUGGCAAUUGUAAGGAUUGUAAACAACGACUACGAGAUCGAUGGACACGUGAUGCUCAUCACCUCUGGCUGUGCAGUCGGGGUCAAUGUCAUAAUGGCUUACAUUCUUCACCAGUCCACCACACUCCAUGGUCAUAGCCAUGGCUCUGGCUAUCACAAGAUCGAUGAAUCCGGUGAAAGCCCAGACAGUCAAGGACAUGCACAUUCUCACUUAGGUCAUGGAAACACCAGCGUCAGAGCGGCCUUCAUCCAUGUCAUUGGUGACCUGCUUCAGAGCGUUGGAGUACUGGUGGCUGCUGUUAUUAUAUAUUUUAGGCCUGAAUACAAAGUAGCAGAUCCAAUCUGUACCUUUCUGUUCUCUGUCUUUGUCCUGGGAACCACCUUUACCAUUCUGCGAGAUGUCUUCAGAAUACUAAUGGAAGGAGCCCCAAAGGCAAUAGAAUUUAAAUCUGUCAAGGAGGUUUUGUUGUCUUUAAAAGGUGUGAAGGCCAUUCACAGUCUGCAUUUGUGGGCUCUGACUCUAAGCCACACUAUGUUAUCUGUGCACAUUGCUAUUGAGGAGCAUGCUGAUGCAGAAACAGUGCUUAAGGAGGCUACCGAGCUUCUGAGGUCUAAAUUUGGCUUCCACAGCACUACCAUACAAGUAGAAAAGUAUUCAGAUGACAUGGCCGACUGCACACAAUGUCAAGACCCAAAGGACUGAAGCACCAAACUGUCUGCAAGGGGUAGGGUGCAAUCGAGAGAGCUUAUGGGUACAUAAAUCCUACAGGUCCAAAGUCAAAGCAUUCUGAAACUUUGUAACCAGAGACAGAAAUGUGAGGAAACUGUGAGGAUAAAUUUAAACCUUUGAACCAAUUUGGUCUUUAUAAGCUAGUUUGUAUUUUCAUAAGCAACCAAAACAUAUCAUUCUCUCUAAGAUGGAAGUACAUUUUCAUUUUCAAAAUGCUUCCGUGCUGGCAUAGGCUUGAAAUUCCUUUUGUCUUGUAGUGAAAAAAAGAACCAGAAAUUAAACAUUCUAUACAUUUAAAAUGUUAAAUACUUUGAUGGAGUUGUCAUUCAAAUGUGAUUAGCUUCAUGGGGUGAAUGUCAAGAGAUAAGACACAUAUAGUGGGGUAGUGGCAAUUUAUGAUUUUAAAUUAAUAUUCGAUUUAUUAAUUAAGUUUGGGAUUUAUGAAUCAAUAACAUUUAAAAUGAUAAAUAAUAUCUAAAAGUGGAAUGUGCAUUACUCCCUUUGAAAAAGAAAUAAAUGAAAGGCUGCUGUUAAUUCCAGAGUGAUUUCAAAUUUGAUUAUAAACUCCUCCAUCAUAAAUGACCUUACCCAGUUGUGAUGCCCACCACAGGGAGGUACAAAACACUCUUUUGCAUCAGGCAUCAUGUCUUAUGAGGCAGAACGAGGAGCCUAUAAUAUUUUCUGGAGAGAUUCAGCCUUAGUACCUGUCUUCGUCCCCGGAGAGCCCUGCUCUAUGAUGGAUGCUGCAGAAUAGCUUAGAAAUAGAAAAAUAUAAUAUAGUUUAAUUAUGUUCAUAAAAUAAGAAAAUUGGGAAAAACAAACGCAUUUUAUUACAACUUUGAUUUACAAACACAGCCAGCUGCUUUAGAUAUUAAUUUAAACUACAGUGCUGUUUGUAGACAGUAUAGCUGUGAAUACUAAUAAAUGUAUUCAAUAACAUUAUCGCCCCGUAACAGAGGGAGUAGCAAGCAAAGCGAGAACAGCACAAACAUCACAACGAAAUACAAAGGUGUCUGUUCCAGUUUCCAACUUUGUAACGAUCACUUUUGGAUUUAAAGUGGCCUCGAACUAAGGGCACACACAGCUGCACAAUUGUUUUGUUCCUUCAUUUUCAGAAGCCUUCCUGAGUCCCUUUAUUUACCAUUUCUGUAUCUAACAUACAUAUCGUAAUUGCCACUGUCAACACGUGAACAACAAUAAAUAACAUG